GUUUGAACUUCAAUGUUCACACAAACACACCUAACACACUCUCUCUCUGGGGCACAAAAACUCGUACACGCUCUCUCUCCUCCACUGUGUCCUUUGAUUGAAAUGUAAAAGACUUUUACUAUUGCUCCUACCGACACGUCCCUUCUAAAUUCACUACCACCCCAUUUCAUCAAUUUUGCUUCUUCCCUUUAAAAAUCAUUCCUUUCUUCAUUUUCCCUUUGAUUCUUCCUCUUUUUCCCCAUCUUUGAUUCUGAGUUUCUGACCCUUCAGCAGCGAAGAGAUAUGGCUCUUGAGUCAGCUCCUUCUUUAGCUGACCACAACAACAUUCGAGGAAUUCCAACUCAUGGUGGACGCUAUGUUCAGUACAAUAUCUAUGGCAACCUCUUUGAGGUUUCAAGGAAGUAUGUUCCCCCCAUACGCCCUGUGGGAAGAGGAGCUUAUGGUAUUGUUUGUGCUGCUGUGAAUGCGGAGACACGUGAUGAAGUUGCCAUUAAGAAGGUUGGCAAUGCAUUUGACAACAGAAUAGAUGCCAAAAGGACCUUACGCGAAAUUAAACUUCUCCGUCACAUGGAUCAUGAAAAUGUGAUAGCCCUUAAAGACAUUAUAAGACCACCACAGAAGGAGAACUUCAAUGAUGUGUAUGUUGUUUAUGAGUUAAUGGAUACCGAUCUGCAUCAAAUAAUUCGUUCCAAUCAACCAUUGACCGAUGAUCAUUGUCGGUAUUUUUUGUAUCAGUUGUUACGAGGACUCAAAUAUGUACAUUCAGCAAAUGUCUUACACCGUGAUCUAAAGCCUAGCAACUUGCUACUGAAUGCAAAUUGUGACCUUAAGAUCGGAGACUUUGGGCUUGCUAGAACUACAUCUGAAACUGAUUUUAUGACUGAAUAUGUGGUUACUCGGUGGUAUCGAGCUCCAGAAUUGCUUCUUAAUUGUUCAGAAUAUACUGCAGCUAUUGAUAUAUGGUCUGUUGGUUGCAUCCUUGGUGAAAUAAUGACCAGACAACCCCUCUUUCCUGGAAAAGAUUAUGUUCAUCAGCUGAGACUGAUCACAGAGCUCAUAGGUUCACCUGAUGACGCCAGCCUUGGAUUUCUACGGAGUGAUAACGCUCGUAGAUAUGUAAGACAGCUUCCACAAUAUCCAAGGCAGCAAUUCGCUGCUAGAUUUCCGAACAUGUCUCCCGGUGCUGUUGAUUUGUUAGAAAGGAUGCUUGUGUUUGAUCCAAACAGGCGCAUUACAGUUGAUGAGGCAUUGUCUCACCCGUACCUGGCACCGCUUCACGAUAUUAACGAGGAGCCUGUUUGCGCGAGACCUUUCAGUUUUGAUUUCGAGCAACCAUCAUUCACUGAAGAAGACAUCAAAGAACUCAUCUGGAGAGAAUCUGUGAUGUUCAAUCCUGAUCCACCUAUUUAUUGAGAAUUUUGCAUUUGACUGUUGCAUGUCCAUAGUGAAAAUACUUCAUAACUGAUGUGAAACACUUCUUAGGAAGUUGUUAGUAUCCACAAGACAUGAAAUAUGUUGGAUAUGUUGAGAUAUAAUAAUUUAUUUUUUGUUUUA